UGACACGAUCAAAAUCUGUUAAGUACGUCCCACGUACGAUACGACUACGAUGCCAACGGCAUCUUUGAUUAUUUGCAUUUGCAUUGACUUGAUAUAGUAUGUCACCAUCACACUAUCACAAUUCAGUCAUACAAGUCAGGCUUGGAGUACUGAACAGGCUCUCUCUAGCUCUACAUGUAUAAAAAAAAAUCAGUUUCAAGCAUCAUACAAUAUAGUCAUUCAUUCAGCUGCCACCCGCCAAGAUGUCACCUCGGGUAGCCCAACGAGAGUACGAGCCGUUGUUACUUGUACUCCUCCUCCUACUACAAACCUUGAUCGCGAGCUCGCUUCCAUGCUUGCCGGACCAGGCGGCGGCGCUGCUCCAGCUGAAGCGAUCGUUCUCGGCGACCACCGCGUCCGCCACCGCGUUCCGGUCAUGGCGCGCCGGCACCGACUGCUGCCGCUGGGCGGGCGUCCGCUGCGACGGCGGCCGCGUCACUUUCCUCGAUCUAGGCGGCCGACGCCUGCAGAGCGGCGGCCUUGACGCCGCCGUCUUCAGCCUCACGUCGCUGAGGUAUCUCAACCUCGGCGGCAACGACUUCAACGCGUCACAGCUCCCGGCCACCGGAUUCGAGAGGCUCACUGAGCUCACCCAUCUCAACAUCUCCCCACCCAGCUUCGCAGGCCAGAUACCAGCAGGUAUUGGAAGCCUCACCAACUUGGUUUCUCUUGAUCUGUCAUCUAGCAUCUACAUCGUCAAUCAAGGAGAUGACGAUGUCAGUAUCAUGUCAAAUUUGUUACCCCCCUGGGGCUUCUCGAGGGUAAACUUCGAGAAGUUGAUUGCAAAUCUUGGUAAUCUGAGGGAGCUCUAUCUUGGAUUGGUGUACAUGUCCAACGGAGGCGAAGGGUGGUGCAAUGCUCUGGCUAAUUCCACUCCUAAGAUUCAGGUUCUGAGCCUACCAUUAUGCCAGAUCUCUGGUCCCAUUUGCCAAUCUCUGUUUAGUUUGCGAUCCCUUUCUGUUGUUGACUUGCAAGGAAAUGACCUGUCUGGUGCCAUACCUGAAUUCUUCGCUGAUUUGUCAUCCCUUAGUGUUCUUCAGCUUUCAAGAAAUAAGUUUGAGGGUUUGUUUCCACAAAGGAUCUUCCAGAACAGAAAACUGACAGCUAUUGAUAUUAGCUACAACUAUGAAGUUUAUGGUGAUUUGCCCAAUUUUCCACCUAAUAGCAGUUUGAUCAAAUUGCAUGUCAGUGGCACCAAGUUCUCAGGUUACAUACCAAGCUCUAUUUCUAAUCUCACGGAUCUGAAGGAGCUGAGUCUGAGUGCAAAUAAUUUCCCUACAGAACUGCCGUCUUCUCUAGGAAUGCUUAAAUCCUUGAACUUAUUUGAGGUUUCGGGGCUCGGCCUAGUAGGAUCAAUGCCAGCUUGGAUAACAAAUCUAACAUCUUUGACAGAUCUCCAAAUUUCUCAUUGUGGUUUGUCUGGAUCUUUACCAUCUUCCAUAGGCAAUCUCAAGAAUCUCAGAAGAAUGUCUUUAUUCAAGAGCAACUUCACUGGAAACAUACCAUUGCAAAUCUUUAACUUGACACAACUGCAUAGCUUGCAUCUUCCACUAAACAACUUCGUGGGGACAGUGGAACUUACCUCAUUCUGGAGACUACCAUACUUAUCACACCUUGAUCUUUCAAAUAAUAAAUUAUCUGUGGUGGACGGGUUAGUCAAUGAUUCAGCAGUGUCCUCUCCCAAAGUAAAAUUCUUGAGCCUAGCUUCCUGCAACAUAUCAAAGUUUCCCAAUGCAUUAAGACAUCAAGAUAAGAUAAUCUUCCUUGACCUUUCAAAUAACCAAAUGAAUGGGGCAAUACCUCCAUGGGCAUGGGAAACUUGGAAAGAAUCGUUCUUCUUGGACCUAUCAAAUAACAAAUUUACCAGUCUUGGACAUGACACGUUGCUCCCCCUGUACACAAGAUAUAUCAAUCUCAGUUAUAAUAUGUUUGAAGGACCCAUACCUAUACCUAAAGAGAGUACAGACUCUCAGUUGGAUUACUCGAAUAAUCGGUUUUCUUCUAUGCCGUUUGAUCUAAUUCCAUAUCUUGCUGGUACACUAUCUCUAAAGGUCUCUAUGAACAAUGUCUCUGGAGAAGUCCCAUCAACAUUUUGUACUGUUAAGAGUCUCCAAAUCCUUGACCUUUCCUACAAUAUCUUAAAUGGCUCAAUUCCUUCCUGUCUGAUGGAGAAUUCAUCAACACUAAAAAUAUUAAAUUUGAGGGGAAAUGAACUUCGCGGAGAGUUGCCACAUAAUAUGAAGGAAGACUGUGCAUUUGAGGCAUUGGAUGUCAGCUAUAAUUGGAUUGAAGGGACACUACCUAAAUCAUUAGUAACUUGCAAAAACUUGGUGGUACUUAAUGUUGCGAACAAUCAAAUUGGAGGCUCUUUUCCAUGUUGGAUGCAUCUUCUUCCUAAACUCCAAGUCCUUGUCCUGAAGUCCAAUAAGUUCUACGGGCCGUUGGGGCCUACUCUUGCUAAAGAUGAUGAAUGUGAACUACAGUAUCUCCGAAUUCUUGAUCUAGCUUCAAACAACUUCUCGGGAGUAUUGCCUUAUGAAUGGUUUAGGAAACUAAAAUCCAUGAUGUCAGUCUCCAUUAACGAAACAUUGGUCAUGAAAGAUGGAGAUAUGUACAGCACAUUUAACCAUAUAACAUAUCUUUUUACUGCUAGAUUUACAUAUAAAGGACUGGACAUGAUGUUUCCUAAGAUCUUAAAGACCUUUGUACUAAUUGAUGUCUCAAAUAAUAGAUUCCAUGGCAGCAUUCCUGAAACUAUUGCCACACUAAGCAUGCUCAAUGGUCUCAACAUGUCACAUAAUGCUCUUACAGGACCAAUUCCCAACCAGCUUGCUAGUCUGCAUCAACUUGAGUCUUUGGACCUCUCAUCAAAUAAGCUUUCUGGGGAGAUCCCUCAAAAAUUAGCAUCCUUGGACUUCCUAUCAACAUUGAACCUAUCCGAUAAUAUGCUGGAGGGAAGAAUACCGGAGUCACCUCAUUUCUUGACACUCCCCAAUAGUUCAUUUAUACGAAAUGCUGGUUUGUGUGGGCCUCCAUUGUCGAAAGAAUGCAGCAACAAAUCAACAUCAAAUGUGAUGCCACACCUUUCCGAAGAGAAAUCUGCAGACAUUAUACUAUUUCUCUUUGUUGGAUUGGGUUUUGGUGUUGGGUUUGCUAUUGCAAUUGUAGUGAGGAAACCUUGCAUUGGCAAAUAAUCUUCAUCAAAUCCACCCAUUUUUAUAUUUAUAUGUUCAGGAGUUUGCCAGUCUGCUUCCCCUUGUAAAUUUAGCUGUCAUUAUAGUUAGCCUGUAUGAUUUAUAGUACUAUGUGCACGUACAACAUUUUUUUCCAUCAUCAUGCAUCCUAUAAGAUUAGUAUUGAAAAUUUUAUACAAGCCAACAGAAAAUUGUUAUGUCUGAACCAAGAAAGGAAUAGAAAUGCAUGACCACAAAUGUGGCAUUAUUAGGGUCAGUUUAACUUGUAGCAUAGAUCAGUGAGCUAUAUGCCGUGAUUUUGUGUUUGAAAUGUAUACUUACACAGAACUUACUUAAGUACCAAACAACCAUACUGGAACACAAAA